UUAACCCCUUCAAGCCUAAGGGUAAAACAAAUCUUAAAGCCCAAGAAAAAUUUUACAAUGUUGACAUGUGCUAGUAAAACCAUACAUAUCAUCACAACUACUUUGUACAUCCAGGUGAAUUAUACCGCGUUUUUUUCAGGACAAAUUGGGCUUUCAUUUGGUGGUAAAAGGUAAUUGAUUUUUUUUGUUUACUAUCAAAGGAAAACUGGCCCAAAAUAGUAUAUUUUUUUACAAAAUUUUUUUUUUUUUACCAUUCAAAAAAGAAGUGGAUCAAAAAA